AUGUUUCUUCGUCGAUUUCUUGGCCUGGCCGCUCUCCUCGCGAGUUCGGUUACAGCCGUCGAGCUUACGGGUUAUGAAUAUGUCGUUGUGGGCUCUGGAGCAGGCGGCAGCCCGUUGGCUGCUCGACUUGCCCUCGCUGGUCACAAAACCCUGCUGAUUGAGGCAGGCGACGACCAGGGAAAGAACACCAACUGUACCGUGCCAGCCUUCUCAGUUAAAGCGUCCGAGGACGAACGAUGCCGACAAGCCCGAGACUACAAGACCACCUACGAGACACCUGCCGGGACCGAAUAUACAUGA